AUUCAAGUCCCGUGGUUGAACCUGGCAGCUGUGAGCCUCAUGUGAAAGUGGACCUCACGCUCUGUCAUGUGAAAGCCGGCUAUGUGCUUGAGCAUCUGGGUCUUAUCGAUAACCUGGCAGCCCUGAAGGUCUGAAUAUCCUGUCAACUCCCUCCAUCGGUCCAUAGCCACAAAGCAGCCAAUAUCGCCGGCGCAAUGGACCCUGAAUCUCCCAGCCAAGCCCGAAGAUUUGCCGGGGCCCAGAACAGCUCGUCUGGAGGGAGGUUGGUCCAAUCAUCACGGCCAGGAUCCGAUGCAGCGGAGAAAUGAUUCGGCAUCUUGUCCCCACAUCCUCGAUGGAUGUAGACGAAAGGCGACGUGGGGAGUGCUUGCGGGGUUGGAUAUAUAUCUGUUGUAGUCCACGGGAAACAGGCGCAUUGGCAGAGUACCAAACACCAUGGCUACAAUCUGUAUGACACAGUUGGAGCCAGAUGGUAGAUCAUCUGAAGUACAGCCUGCACCAGAACAGGCAUUGGAAACGGAAAAUCCCGUCAAUGGUGAUAAUGAUCCUCCGGCGACCGCUGUCAGUGCCUUGGAGAGAUGGAACUAUCCCCGACACAACAUUGCCCGUCUCAUAGCCACCUUCUGGAGUUUUAUCGUGUCGGGAGCAAAUGAUGCUGCCUAUGGUGCUUUGAUCCCUUAUCUGGAAUCUUAUUAUGACCUCAGUUACACCAUCGUCUCUCUGGUGUUUCUGUCUCCUCUGGGUGGAUACGUGCUCGCCGCUUUGUUUAACCAUCGCAUCCACAAUGCCUUUGGCCAGAGGGGAGUCGCGCUGCUGGCUCCGGGAUGCCACUUGGUCGCGUAUAUCGUCAACUCUCUCCAUCCACCCUAUCCGGUUCUGGUAGUCUCGUUCAUUUUUGCAGGAUUCGGAAAUGGACUCACGGACUCGGCUUGGAAUGCAUGGAUUGGCAAUAUGGCCAGGGCGGAUGAGAUACUGGGUUUUCUGCACGGAUUCUAUGGCGUCGGUGCCGUGUUGAGUCCGUUGGCUGCUACAUCGCUCAUCACAAAAGCCAAUUGCCCGUGGUAUUAUUUCUACUAUAUCAUGAUUGCAUGUGCCGCGGUCGAGGUCGUACUCUGCACGUCUACCUUUUGGAAAUCCACAAGCGCUGUGUUUCGUCAAACCACCGCACGAGCACAGGUCGGGAAUCAAAAGGGCGGCUUGCGACAAGCAUUGUUCACUUAUCCGUCGUCACGUGUGACCUGGCUCUGUGCCUUGUUCCUCCUGGGAUAUGUUGGUGUCGAGGUCGCGCUGGGAGGAUGGAUCGUGACUUUUAUGACCCAGGUGCGAAACGGUCCCGCAUUUGCCAGUGGUAUGACGGCCACUGGUUUCUGGCUCGGGAUUACAGUCGGCAGAGUGGCGUUGGGUUUUGUGACGCCUCGUGUGGGGGAGAAAAUCUCCGUUUCGGCCUACAUUGUUUUGUCAAUCGUAUUUGGCCUCGUCCUAUGGCUAGUCCCUCAAUUCUAUGCAUCUGCCGUCGCCGUCGCCCUUCAGGGUUUCUUUCUGGGCCCGCUAUUCCCCGCGGUUGUGGUGGUGACGACAAAGCUCUUGCCACGGCAUUUGCAUGUGAGCUCGAUCGGAUUUGCUGCCGCAUUCGGUGGGGGAGGCGCGGCCGUGCUUCCGUUUGCUGUGGGGGCUAUUGCCCAGUUGAAGGGGGUGAAAGUUCUCCAGCCGUUUAUUCUGGGGUUGUCCGGGGGGAUCCUGAUAUUAUGGCUGGGGCUGCCGCGGUUGAACAAGAUCCACCGGGGGGUGUAGUGGAUACUAUCACCCAUCCAAACUGUGAGAACAAGAUACACUUGAUCUCAGACUCCAAUACUUCUUGUAUUUACAGUAGAAAUCACACUGUACAUGCCUACCAGUAGGAU